UGAUUUAGCAAAACUGUUUCUUCAAUUUUAAUAGAUUUUGUUUUCUUCAAUUAGUUAAUUUAGAUUUUGUUAAAUUGUUUUUCUAUUUUUGUGUCAUCUAAAUAUGAGUUCUAUUGGUACUGGUUAUGAUCUUUCCGCUUCCCAAUUCUCUCCAGAUGGAAGAAUUUUCCAAAUAGAAUAUGCCCAAAAAGCGGUUGACAAUAGUGGUACUGUUGUUGCUCUAAGAGGUAAAGAUGGUGUUGUUUUUGCUGUUGAGAAAAUUGUCCCAUCAAAGUUACACGAGGAAGGAGCUAAUCGGCGAAUUUUCAAUAUCGAUAGACACAUUGGUUGUGCCACCGCAGGUUUGAUUGCCGAUGCUCGGGCCAUUGUAAAUGUUGGCAGAGAUGAGGCUUCCAAAUACCGGCGAGAGAAAGGUCAAGUUAUCCCUUUAAAGUAUCUUAAAGAUAGAGUUGCAAUGUAUAUGCACGCUUACACCCUUUAUUCAGCAUUAAGACCUUUUGGAACAUCCAUUUUAAUGGGUGCUUGGGAUCCCGUUGAUGGAGCGCAACUUUAUUGUCUUGACCCUUCUGGAUCAAAUUAUGGUUACUUUGGCUGUGCCAUUGGAAAAGCCAAGCAAGCGGCUAAAACUGAAAUUGAAAAGAUUUCCUUCAACGAUAUGAAAUGUAAAGAUUUGAUCAAAGAAGCUGCGAAAAUAAUUUACAUAGUUCAUGAUGAAAUUAAAGAUAAAAGCUUUGAACUUGAAUUAUCUUGGAUCACUGAGGGAACCAAAGGUCACCAUGAAGCUGUUCCUCAGGAAAUUUUCAAUGAAGCUGAAGCUUAUGCUAAAGCCUCACUAAGACACGAUUCAGACUCCGAGGAUGAGGACAAAGAAGCUGAAAAGGGAAGCGAUUCAUUGAAGUCAUCAACUCAUUCUUAAUCCAUAUAAACACGUGAAAGCUUUUCAAACACACAUUUGAGGUCGAAAAAAACUUUACCGGUCAAGUAUAUGGUCAACUAAUCGUAACUGUAUAAAUACAUGAAAAAAAAGAUACUUUUCUCAAUGAACUAAUUUCUAUUAACUAUAUAAAUAAUUGAAAUGAUUAAAUGAUAACCAUUUCAUUUAUUGA